AUGCCGUGUUUUCCCAUCCCAGAUCCAAAGGGCACUAGCCAUUAUACCCGUAUUCCUUUUGAAUUUGAUCAAGAACUCACUGCAUCCCGUGUCUUUGUCAAGCUUCCUGAUGGUUUUUCGCCCUUGGAACGGAUGGUGUUGCAGACAACAGGCAACUUGCAACGGCUUCUCUCCGCAUACUUUAACGUCCCAAGUCGUGUCACCAUUAUCAAGAACGAAUUGGUCCCAUGCGAUGCUGGAUCGUCAGGAUCGGACGAUGACGACGAUACUUGCCGACAUUCCAGUGCCAGCGAUCUAAAGAGCAACCUCGAUAUGCGAUUCGAACGACGUAUUCUCAUGCAUUUUGGCGACAAGUUUGCAUACGAUGCCGACUCGAUUGUCACUGUCAACGACCAAAAGACACUUGGCUUAUUGACGAACCAUGAAUUUGGUCUGGGUCAGGUAUUCAGUCACCUGCGACACACACCCAAGUUUGCAUUGCAUGCUAUAGGUCGUCAUGGCACCGAGCACGGAAGCAGUUUUUGGAGAGAUUAUACAUUACAAGCUCCUGGCGUCGUCAAUUGCUUUAUUCGUGAGACUUUUGUGGAAGGAUUGUUUGAACCAUUCACAGGUGAACCUUCGAAUCAAGGUACUAUUUGGUAUUCUCCGGAAUGUUGCUGUGGUGCUAGUACUUCUACUACUACACGUCGUCCUGAAGCUCAACAUACAUUGAUCUAG